GAGGGAGGGAUGAAAGUGAAACGCAGGUCUGACACAGCCUCAGAUGACCCCGCAGGGAGCUCUGGAUUGCCAGUGUCCAGCCCUGGGCUGAAAUAGCCAGGCCUUUUUUCACGUGGACCUUGCACAGAAACGUGGACAGCCACAACAAAGUGCCACAGACGAGGUGGCUUAAGCAACAGAAAUUUAUUUUCUCAUGGUUCUGAAGCUGGAGGUCUGAGAUCAAGAUGUCGGCAAGGUGAGGCGAAGAGCAAAGCUGUGGAUGCCACUGGGGUGUGACAGGCAGCUGGGCAAGGAUCCAUCCAGGAAGAGGGUGACUGACUUCUGUGGACCAGUGAGCCAUGAUGAAAUAAAACCUCGUUCUCCUUCCCCCAUUCACAAAAAAACAAGAAUUCUGGACUGCGCAUACUGUUUCGCCGGCUGUCAAAUGACAACAGAGCUGUGGCUGAAAUGACCACAAAGCCGCCUUGAAUUGCGUUGAGUCUGGGAGGUGGAUGGAGCACACCGUCUCUUCCUCCAGCUUCCUAGUCUCCUGGUGCGCAGAAGGGCACCAUGCCGGUGGAAAGGAUGCGGAUGCGCCCGUGGCUGGAGGAACAGAUCAACUCCAAUACGAUACCAGGGCUCAAGUGGCUUAACAAGGAAAAGAAGAUUUUCCAGAUCCCCUGGAUGCAUGCAGCUAGACAUGGCUGGGACGUGGAGAAGGAUGCACCGCUCUUUAGAAACUGGGCGAUCCAUACAGGAAAGCAUCAACCAGGAGUAGAUAAACCCGAUCCAAAAACAUGGAAGGCGAAUUUUCGAUGUGCCAUGAACUCCCUGCCUGACAUUGAAGAGGUCAAGGACAAGAGCAUAAAGAAAGGAAACAACGCCUUCCGAGUGUACCGGAUGCUGCCCUUAUCCGAACGGCCUUCUAAGAAAGGAAAGAAACCAAAGACAGAAAAAGAAGACAGAGUGAAGCACAUCAAGCAAGAACCAGUUGAGUCAUCUUUGGGGCUUAGUAAUGGAGGAAGUGAUCUUUCUCCUGAGUAUGCGGUCCUGACUUCAGCUAUAAAAAAUGAAGUGGAUAGUACGGUGAACAUCAUAGUUGUAGGACAGUCACAUCUGGACAGCAACAUUGAGGAUCAAGAGAUUGUCACUAAUCCGCCAGACAUCUGCCAAGUUGUAGAGGUGACCACCGAGAGCGACGAGCAGCCGGUCAGCAUGAGUGAGCUUUACCCUCUGCAGAUCUCCCCCGUGUCCUCCUACGCAGAAAGCGAAACUACCGAUAGUGUGCCCAGUGACGAGGAGAGCUCGGAGGGGCGGCCACACUGGCGGAAGAGGAACAUUGAAGGCAAGCAGUACCUGAGCAACAUGGGGACGCGGAGCACCUACCUGCUGCCCAGCAUGGCGACCUUCGUCACCUCCAACAAGCCCGACCUCCAGGUCACCAUCAAAGAGGAGAGCUGUCCGGUGCCUUACAACAGCUCCUGGCCCCCUUUCCCAGACCUGCCCCUGGCCCCCUCCGUGACCCCCACGCCCAGCAGCAGUCGGCCCGACCGGGAGACCCGGGCCAGCGUCAUCAAGAAGACGUCUGACAUCACCCAGGCCCGGGUCAAGAGCUGUUAAGCCUUUGAUCCCCCCGGUGGUUGUUGGGAUUUCUUGGCUUUGUCUUAUUGUUUGUUUGUAUUUUUUUUUUUCUCUCUGACACCUAUUUUAGACAAAUCUUAAGGGAAAAACCUUGACAAUAGAACAGUGAUUUCUGUGUCCAACUCCAGUACUGGACCUUCUUUUUAAACUCAGGACUCCAGCCCAUUGGUAGACGCGAAUCUCUAGGCCUGCUGGAUCUCCCAGGGCUGCUCCCUCAAGUUCAAGGACGUCAUAGGACCAACACCCACACGGGCAGUGGGGUGCUGCAUUGCCUGCGGUCAAGGGCAGCAUGGUGGAGUGGAUGCCUCGGAACGGAUGUGAAAAUGUGAACUAGCUGGAAUUUUUUAUUCUUGUGAAUAUGUACAUAGGGCAGUACUAGCGACAUUGCAGUCUGCUUCUGCACCUUAUCUGAAAGCACUUACAGGUAGACCUUCUUGUGAUCUUGCUCUGUUCCACAGCACAGUCAGCAUCCUUCCUCCCACCUCCCCUCCCCUCUCCUUCCAUCCCACCCCAUCCUCUCCCCUCCCCUCCCAUCCAGUUUCUUUCCUCCUUUGCCUCCCUUCAAAGGCUGUGUUCCACAUCCCUGAGGAGGAGAAGAAAAUGAACUUCUCCGCAGAUGUCCCAUUUUAAGACUGCUUUAAAAAAAAGAAAAAAAAAUCUUUCUAAUCUGCUAUGCUUGAAUGCCACGCGGUACAGAGGAAAACUAUCCUGGAGACGUUAUGCAAAUUCCCAGAUUUGAAGACGAAAUACUCUAAUUCUAACCAGAGCAAGCUUUUUUAUUUUUUAUACAGGGGAAUAUUUUAUUCAAGGUAAAAUUCUAAAGAAAAUAUAAUUGUUUUUUAUCUUUUCUACAGCAAAUUUAUAAUUUUAAGAUUUUCCUUCUCUUGUUUAUUGGCAGUUGUUAAUACAUCCUUCUGGCACAUUUUUUUUUAAUUUUGUAAAGAUGAAAAAGCUUUUAUGAGCUUAUGUAGCAAUCAAAUUAUCCUGUGGAUUGAUAAUAAAUGAAUAUGAUAUAUAGUUAAAUUUUUAA